AUGAAAGAACCCCGGAUUUUCCCUAGAGAGCGGCCAACUCCUUGGACUCGUGCUCAGUUGCCACCUCGAGGACGACUCGACGGUUCCUUGGGACCACAGGGGGGUCCUGUCCUAAACACAGGUCACCCGCUGGGCAUGAACUCUGAUCCCUUCCUUAUGGCAACUGGUUCUCUUGGUGGAAAUUUGGCCCCAUUUCCAAGGAACCCAUCGCCUUUUCCAACUUCAUCAGGCUCAUUGGCUUCAAAUCCAGCACCUUUCCCUGCUGGUGCUCGUGAUCCAAGCAUGGCUUCUUUUCCAAGAGGGAUGAAUCCCACUGGCACAGGUGCAGUUUCUUUCCCAAGGCCUGGUGGCCUCUUGGGCCCAGGUCCAGGCCCAGGCCCAGGCCCAGGCCCAUCUCUAAACCCAAGGGCAGGGGCUCUACCAGGCCCAGGGCCUCUGUCUAAUCCAAGGUUAGGGGGUCUCCCGGGGCCAGGUCCUAUGUCCAACCCAAGGGCAGGUGGUCUCCUGGGAACAGGUCCUGACCCCAGAAGUGGCGGCCCCAUGGGCCCUGGAUCUGGGCCCAACCUGAGAGCAGGUGUCCUGUUGCCUUCUGGGAAUGGUGCUCCUAAUCCUAGGCCUGUUGGCCUGGGACCAGGACCCAGUCCCAAUCUGAGAUCAGGCUUCGUUGGUACAAACCCUGCCCCGAGAUCAGGUAUGUUUCCAGGCCCUGGCCUUGGGCCCAACCCAAGAGCAAAUAGCCUGGGCCCAGGCCUUGGGCCCAACCCAAGGGCAGGUGGCCUGGGACCAGGCCCAAAUCUGGACACCAGAGCAGGUGGCCUCCUGGGCACGGGAUCUGGUCUUAACUUAAGGAUGGCUGGACCUCAAGGCCUAGAUCUUGCCCCCAUUUUAAGAGCAGCAGGUCUAUUAGGAGCAAAUUCAGCUGCUUUCUCACAGGCUUCUGGAAACAUGGGCACAAGCCCAUCCUCUAUGGCAAGAGUACCUGGCCCCAUGGGCCCAAACUCGGGUCCUGGUUCUCGGGGAAUUGGCCUUCCAGGGCCAAAUCCAUCUCCCAUGUCCAGAGCUCCUGGCCCCAUAGGCCCUAAUUCAGCUCAUUUUUCAAGGCCAGCUGGGCCUAUGGGAGUAAAUGCCAGUCCCUUUCCAAGGGGGACCGGUUCAGGGGGGCUGAAUCCAGCUGCCUUUUCUCAGUCUUCUGGCACAUUGGCUUCAAAUCCAGCUAACUUCCAGAGGUCUGCUGGCCUCCAGGGCUCAAGUCCAGCAAUUUUCCCAAGAACCUCUGGGCCACUAGGCCCCAACCCAGCUAACUUCCCAAGGGCCAGUGGCUUGCAGGGCCCAAGUCCUGCUGCCUUCCCAAGGUCUACUGGCCCAUUAGGCCCUGGUCAGGUUACUUUCCCCAGGUCAGCUCCUGGGCCCCUGGGCUCUUCUCCAGCAGGCCCUGUGGGCAUCAACCCAGCUCCUUUUGCAAGGCCAACUGGGACCCUGGGUCUAAACCCGGCUUCCUUUCCAAGGAUGAAUGGCCCCGUGAGCAAGACUUUGGUCCCAUUUCCUAGAGUGGGGAACCUCCCAGGCACAAACCCAGCUGCUUUCCCCAGACCAGGGGGUCCUAUGGCUGCAAUGUACCCAAAUGGAAUGUUACCCCCUUAAACACUUUUCUCUCCAGAACCACUCUGGUUUCCAGGCACCGUGGUUCUGGGCAGGAGCUGUGUUUUAGGUAAAAGGGUAGAUCUGGAGCUACAGUCUGAAGUACCAUAGCUGGGGCUCAAGUUCAAAUGAGCCAUCUUUUUCCUCCGCUUCUUUCUUGACUGAAGGUGAAAUGUUACUUGUGAGAGAUGGACUACUGCAGGUGGGAAUGAUCCUGACCUUGAGAGAAAGGAUCUCCAGCCCUCCAGAAGCCUGCUGUGCUUUUGUCCCACAGCUUUCUGCCCCUUGUUUCUUACUAGUUUCUUGAAUUGUUCUUGUGGACUUUUCCUCAGGGAUACAUUGGCCUGCAGGUCCCAAUUCAUAUGUAGUCCUCUGCUCACCACUGGAGAAUCAGCUCACUGCUCUCUAGAACUGUUGCAAUGGUGAAUGGACCAUGCUUCAGCAGCUCUGCCCUGGGCAGCUUGGACCUGGUCAUCCUCUACUGCCAUACCUUUCCCUGAGGGCUUGAACACAGAACAGGGAGGUGGGCAACCACUUCAAAGACCCACCAAAUACAAUUUUGCUUGAUUAACUGGGCCUGCAGCUUCCUUCUCCUGGGACUUAGAGGAGGCCAGAAUCAAGGCUCCACCGCUCACCUAAUUCCCUCUCCACUAGUACUCCCGAUCAAAGAACCUCAAAAUUUAAACUGACGUCAAUGGGAAUAUGGGAACUGGGGUAGGGGGUGGGGGGAUGAAGGGGAGAAAUCACUGUGCUUCGUUCAGCCUGAGGUGAAAGGAUGGUUGGUGUUUUUCCUGCAUUGUAUCUUUUCUUACUGUUUCUUUAAUAAAUGGGAUGAGAGGGC